CCAGCAGGGUUUUCUGAUUCUUUGAGCAUUGGGUCUUGUAAACAUCUGUGUGGCCAGGCUGAAUAAUUUGACAGGUGACUAAAAUCAUUAGUAGUUUCAUUAUUUGCAUCAUAAGGGAGCUGUUGGCCAGUGGAUUGAGCACAAAAGAGUUUAGAUUCUAGUGGGUUGCUAAUCUAUAUGGGGUGAUUUUUCUUCAAGCUUUGGCUCCUGGAUUCAAGUUAUUAGAAGAUUCUAAACCAAAUUUCAUUGGCAGAAAAUCAUUUUUUGUUAAAGAUUUUUUUUGAGGACCUGACUGAAGUGUUUUGAAAGCUUAAGCUUUAUCUCAGGCUAAACCUUCAAGGAGCAAACAUGUUGAUUCUUCUGGCUUUCAUUAUUGUGUUUCACAUAACUUCAGCAGCGCUGUUGUUCAUCUCAACCAUUGACAAUGCCUGGUGGGUAGGAAAAGACUUUUCUACAGAUGUCUGGAAAGUCUGUAUCAACAUCACCAACUGUACAGUCAUUAACGAAAAGAAUUCAGAAUAUCAGUCUGUGCAGGCUGUUCAGGCCACCAUGAUCCUGUCUACUAUUCUGUGUUGUGUGGCAUUUCUGGUUUUCAUUCUUCAACUCUUCCGCCUAAAGCAAGGAGAAAGAUUUGUGUUGACUUCUACGAUCCAGCUGCUGUCAUGCCUGUGUGUUAUGAUGGCAGCCUCCAUUUAUACAAAUAGGCAUGAAGAUCUGCACAGGAGUGUUGGAUAUGAGUUUGUUGUUAGUGGCCAAUAUGGAUAUUCCUUCAUCUUAGCCUGGAUUGCAUUUGCUUUUACUCUGAUCAGUGGUGUCAUGUACCUAGUAUUAAGGAAACGUAAAUAAAUGUCAGCAGGUAGUUAUUUCUGUCAUUGCAGUCCAGAAGCAGAAUUUCAGUAACCAUUUUGUAUAUAAUCAUUUGUGUUUUGUAGUAAAGGUAUUGUUUCUCUAAAAAUGUACUGUGUUCUUGGUAUGAAAGACUAUAUGGAAAAAAUAAUGCAAGUUGACUGGAACACUUUGCCAGCUAGGGUCAAGAGUCUGAACAAGCCAAGGCCAAAUUAGCUUUCCUUUGUACAUUUCACAACUUUAAAGGGCUGCCACUAAAUUAGGCAUUCAUAAGAGUUUGAUCCUGCCCUCUAAAUGGUUCACACCAUGUAUAGUGGAAAAGAUACAGUAUGUGCUUAUUACACUGUUAGCAAUGUGCUACUAGAAGUUAAGAUCUAUCUGCUUGGGGAUAAGUAUGGGGAAAGAAUAAGACACACACACACACUACAUUACCUAAAAAACCAUUAGGGGAGUUCAAAGAUAGGCACUGAGCAUAUCAUAGUAGGGAACCUGCAUUCUUGCUGUUUAUAACUCUACAAUACAUGCUCUACAAGCUUUUAUUAAAACCCCUUGCUUUGAAAAAGUAAACCACUCCCUUUUGUAUGCUGAAUUUUUUCAGAUUGUGUCCAGAGCAUUCUCAAGCAGUACAAACUGUCAAUAAUUCAUUGCACAUUUUGGGUCUGGAAUUGGUUCUGUUUGUACAUGCUGAAGCUAAUUUACAAACAAAACAAACCCUAAAUACUCUUAACUCUGCAUUGUACAUAGUUUUACUCAACUCUUGAUCUACCUUAAAAUUUGCUUGCCUCUAUUUCAGGCUUUUUUUUAAAAAAAAAAUUUUAAGCCAACAUAUUCCCCACUGAUAGCACACAUAGGUUUGGAUGUACAAGUUAGCAUGAAGUAUUUACUUGUAAAGUGACUUCAUGACAAAAGAGGAAUGUCAUGGUAAAGUAUUAUUCAGGACUGCCCAUUAGGAAAUCCUGGCAAAAGAUGUACAGGUGGCCUUUAACUUCUGUUGGAGAUGUUUAAAGGAGCCUAAACACACCUGCUCAACACAUCAGGAUGGGGUUUUCCUAAGCCAUUUAGCCCUGUGUACUUAAACUUCCUCAAAGUGACUUAAGGAUUUUUUUAAUAUGGAAAUAACUGAUAUAAGCCUGUACUAGGUAUUAAACUUAAAUAAUUGCUACUGUAAAAUACAGUUGUGGUUAAUGGUGAUUUUAAAGGUUGAUCAUCCUUGAAGGUUGUCAUUUUUACUUGUCUAUUGUAGUGUAUGUUUAAAGUAACAUUUUAUAGUUUGGCAUAAUCAAUCAUGGCCUUUUUUACCUACCACAGUUGGACAAACCCCAUGUCUAGAAAAAGGAAAGCUAGUAGGUUUUGAAUAGGCCUGUAACUGGUUACAUUUGAGUCAGAUCAGUAGUAGCAUAGCUCUACUGAAGUCAGAACUACACCCUAUAAAUCAGUGAAAUAGUUGACCCACACAGUGAGGUAACACUUGUUUGACUACUCACAAGGUAGGAAUGGAUACAACUAAGUGAACCAUCUUAAACAUAGGAAUGGGUCUUACUCUGUUUCCCAAAUUGGUGGUGGUUAUGUAUUACUUGCAGGGGGCAGGAAAAAACUACUGGCUUAGGGUAUGUCUUCACUACCGACCAGCUCAGCAGGUAGUGAUCAAUCUAUCAGGGAUUGAUUUAUCACGUCUCAUCUAGAUGAGAUCAAUUGAUCCCCAAAUCGAUGCCUGUACUCCACCUUGGCAGAGGAAGUAAGCAGAGUCAAGGGGGAGCCACCGCCACCACGGCUGACUUGCCGCCAUGAGGAUGGCCAGGUAACUCGAACGAAGAUACUUUGACUUCAGCUACGCAAAUAGCAUAGCAGAAGUUGCGUAUCUUAGUUCAAACCUCCCUCCCUAGUGUAGCCCAGGCCUUUGAGAACAAGUAGAGUAAGAGGGAAACUAGAUUUAAAGUAGUCCUAGUACUAUGGGGCUUUCUUGCCCUCGUAACAUGACAGUGCUAGUCUCUUACCUGCAUUAUUUCCCUUCUAAGUGUGUCCUAACGUGUGAAGUUCCUAACUAACACUCCUUUAAUUUGUAAUAUUUGUCCCCUAAUCUUCAUUCUGUUAAAGGAAUAAUUAGGUACACAGAAUAGAAUUUGUUCUGUAUAUAAACAGAUGUACUAUAAGGAAAGGGUUAAAGUAGCAUUCACCCCAAGAAUUUGAUAUUCUGGCUUACAUUUCAUGUAAUGAACAGUAAAAUGAUUUAAUGAAAUUAUAAAGCAAAUACUUGGACCAAAACUAUGUAACUGACUUAUGGCUAACAGUCCAAUAUUUUAUAAAAGUUCACACAUUACAGUAUAAAUACUAAUUGUGCCACUGACUGGCUACUUGACAGAUACUUCAGUUACUUACAGUAAAUCAUUUUACCUGGGUCAUUUUAUAUUUGACUAUUUAAAUAUGUAAGAUACAGCAUGCAUAUAUGUACAUACAUGUAUACACAAUCAUGCUUUCAUAAUGAAAGCCCUAACACCCUAAAGCAAAUAGCAUAUGCUGGAAGAGUACAUACAGCUAUCUAUAGAUGCUGCCAUAUUUUAGUUAGACCAAGUGUGAAUCUUUUGUACACUGAAAGCUCAAACUUUUCUUGACAGUUUCUGUGUCUUGUGACAGGAAAACCAUGGUUUUAGGAUAUUCUUUUUACCUACUCUGCCUUGAAAAUAUUCCAUUUUCUAUGUUUUAUAUACUCAAAUUGUACAUGAAAAUAAAGCAGAAACAACUACUGUACUGUAA